GUGAACUGUGUUGUCUACAGUUUAAUUGGUGGAAAGCCAGAUCAUUUGUCAGAUUUAGCCUACGCUGUUCUCGUUGCUUUGAUCGUAAUCCACGCCACGACUUGCCCUUUUACAAUUUUGUUUAAUCUGUUGGUGAUGAUCGCUGUGAACACUAAACCACGCUUGCAGAGCAUGUCUAACAUAACAUUGGCUUGCUUAGCCUCGACUGACAUGAUGGUCGGAUUAGUGGUCCAGCCUCUUCUUAUUACUUUGAUGGUGAACCUCAUCCAAGGGAAGACCACAGCCGGUGUAUGCUCAGUACAAAGUGCCACAGGAUUUUUCAUCAGCUUCUUUUGCUUCUCUUCUUUUGUUCACCUGUUCCUAAUGACUGUGGAUCGGUACAUCGCCAUCAUGCGUCCCUAUGCCUACAUUGAAACCGUCACCAAGACUCGUUUUCUGAUUGCCACAGCUCUUGCAUGGACAUUGACCACAAUCAUGCACAUUAUGUUGCUCAUUGACGAGGAACUGGUUAGAUAUAUUAAGCAUCCUGUAAUAGUUUCACUUAUUACAAUCACUGUAAUCUGCAACGUGAUAGUUUAUCGUCAGGUGCAUCGUCAUGAAAAGCAAAUAGCAGCUCAGCAAGUCGAUGUAGCGAGCAGAGAAAACUUUUUAUCUCAAAGGCGAGCUUUCAAAUUAACAGUGAUGAUUAUUAUUCUAAUAAUAAUAAGUUACUUACCGUAUAUUAUUCUCCUAAGGCUCGUGGAGCCCCUGAAAAGCAUUGUUACCUUGCGUUCACUGAGUUCCAUUUUCAUGGCUGUUCUUAGCUUAGCGGCUUUUAACUCUUUUGUGAAUCCGUUUAUUUAUUGUAUAAGGUUAAGACAAUUUCGGGUCGCAUUCCUCGAAUUAAUGACACUGAAAAGCCACAAUGAAGCUGAAUAA